UCGUUGCCAUGGCACCGCUUGUCUGAGUCAGUACCGCGGUUAAAACACGGUCACUCUCCUGGCUUUCGUGUGGGAUUGUCAGUCAGCAUGUUGGUGCGCGCCGGCUGAACUAGGUUGUGUAGAAAACGCAUCAGCUCUGCUCUGUCCCAGGAUGAGACUUCACCACCAGCUGUGAGACGAGGUCCAUAGUGGAAGCACGCGGGGACACGUCGCACACCUGCGGCUGGAUGGAAAGCGCUAGAUGGAGGGACUUGCGCCGCUGUCGCCGCACUCGAACCGAUUAGCCUACUUCACCUCCUCUCGUGGUCCACGGGGGAGCGCGCUUGUAAACUGAUUUAACCCAGGGGAUGUGAAUACCUCCCCGGGAUUAGAAGGUUAUUGGCUGAACGACAAUGCCCCGCGGCUCGGUCAGGCACUCCCGGCUAUUGUUCGUGCGGCCGCGGACGCAGGGUGCCCGGUCUCCCCCGGUUCAUCUUCAGUAGCCUCUGCUCCUGUGUCCCCUCGCUGCUUCGCUCAGGUCGCCCUCCCGGUGUGGAUAGGAUAAUAUGACUUCCUGGCUCCGCACAUUUGGCAGCGUCCCUCUGUGUCUCCUGCUCUGCUGCUUGGUGGUCGCUGUCUGCGCAGAAGCCUCCAGUGCCGGUGACAGUGUGUGUUGGUCUCCUAGUAUCAGUUCUUGUACAGAGUGUCUCAGACGGGGACCACAGUGUGCCUGGUGCUUCAAGGAGGACUUUCUGGAUGGGGCGGGGCCAAGCCAGCGCUGCGACCUGCCAGUGAAGCUGCUGAGGAGAGGCUGUGAACCGGAGUUCAUGGAGCAGUCGGAGAUCAAGGUGGAGGUCAACGCCACCGUCAGCAGUACACAAGUGUCCCCACGAGACAUCAGCAUCACCCUUGGACCAGGUUCAGAGGCCAGCGUCAUAGUGGCUGUGAAGCAGCUGGAGCGUUAUCCUGUGGAUCUGUACUACCUGGUUGAUGUGUCGGCAUCUAUGCAGGAGAACCUUGACCAUUUGAAGACAGUGGGUGUGGCGCUGUCUCUUCGUAUGACGGAGCACUCCUCGGACCUUUGGCUGGGUUUCGGCUCGUUUGUGGACAAACCGGUCUCCCCUUACAUCAAUGUCCAUCCCUCCAAGAUCAACAACCCCUGCAGUGAUUAUGAGAUCCGCUGUCGUCCAGCCCACGGCUUCCACCACGUAUUGAGUAUGACUGGAAAUAUGAGCGAGUUCACACGUGUGAUCAAACGCCAGCGCAUCUCCGGAAACAUGGACACACCUGAGGGAGGACUGGAUGCUAUGCUGCAAGCAGCUGUCUGCCAGAGGUCGGUGGGUUGGCGACCAGAGGCCAAGCGUCUGCUGCUCCUGAUGACCGACCAGCCGUCUCACCUCGCCCUGGACAGCCGGCUGGCAGGGAUUGUUACGCCACACGAUGGCCUGUGUCACCUGGAAAACAAUGUAUACACGGGGAGCACAAAGAUGGAUCAUCCCAGUGUGGGUCAGUUGUCUGAUAAGCUGCUUGAAAACCAUAUGUACUCCAUCUUUGCUGUGGAGAAGCAUCAGUACCAGUGGUACGAGGAGUUGGUACGUUUGCUGCCUGGCUCCUACCUGGGGAAGUUAGGCCUCUUCCAGGCUCCGAACCUUAUAGAGCUGGUGGUGGAUGCAUACAAGAGGUUGUUGUCAGAGGUGGCUGUGUCAGUGUCAGUGGAGGACAAGGCAGUCAGCAGGUACUGGGUGUCUGUAUCUCCCCUCUGCCCCAAUGGAUCCACAGCUAAGGACCAGAGCUGCUCGGGGGUGCAGCCCAACCAGACGGUCUACUUCAAUAUCACCAUUGGAAUGCGCUCUUGUCCUGACAAUGGUGAAGAUGAAGAUGUAACAGUGCUGGUUCGACCUGUAGGUUACAACGAAUCCACCAUCGUUAGGAUCCACUCUAAAUGCCGCUGCAGUUGUGGACCAACGAGGCACUGCAAUGACGACAGCCAAUCAACAUGCAAAGGAACACAAGACAGCCCCAAUCAGGAGCAGAGGCCGGAUCACGGACUAAUUAAGGACUCAGACAGAGAUUCAAACUGGAAUUGCAGAGCAGAUGGGUCUGAUGUGGACUGCAGUGGUCGGGGAGUGUGUGAGUGUGGGAGGUGCGUGUGUGAGCAGACCAGACUUGGGACAGUAUAUGGAAAAUACUGCGAGAUAGAUGACUUCUCCUGCCCGUACGAAAGAGGGCUGCUGUGUGGAGGGCAUGGUGUGUGUGUGUCAGGAGAGUGUGUGUGUGAGGACGACUGGACAGGUUAUAGCUGUGGUUGCCCCGUCUCCACAGCAACCUGCCAAUCAGCCAACGGCUUGCUUUGCAGCGGGCGGGGGAGAUGUGUGUGCGGCAAGUGUUUGUGUGAAGACCCUCGUCACUCUGGAGACUUCUGUGAGAGAUGUCCUGCUUGCCAAAGCACCUGCCAAUCAUAUUGGAAGUGUGUGGACUGUCACCUGUCACACGGUCUUUCACAAAAAGAGGCAGGACACUGCAACAACACCUGUGCACCACUGGUGGGCUACAUGGAUGAUGUAUCAGGCCAAGCAGGGGAGAUGUGGAUUCAGUGUAUGUACAUCAGUAAUGACAGCUGUCGCUAUCGCUUUCAAACAAGCUCACAGUCUGGUCAGACCCAGCUUCACAUAAGCACAAGACCAGAGUGUGCCAGCAGCACCCGGCUGGUAGGUACAUUCCUGAGUGUGUGUGCUCUGACAGUGCUGUGUGGGUUGGUGGUGGUGGCUGUGUCCCGGCUGCUGCUACAGAAGAGACACUUGUCACGAGAGGGCGCUGCUGAGGACGGAGGCUAUCACUGCACUGGAAAGGACCUGUCAUACAUCCCAACAACCAAUGAGAAGACAGUUACCUACAGGAGGGACUGUCCACCUGACCGUCCCUUGGAGAUGCACAUCCAGGUUCCCAAGAUGCCCCUCGGUGACCCCUGGCAGUACUAGGCAAAGGUCAAAAGGAAGUCAGUGGAGACAUAUAGAAGGAGAAUCAACAAAAGGCUUUCUUUCUGCCUCUUACACUUCAUAAAACUUCAACCAGCUGCACAUGGAGACUAGUGAUAGUGAUAAACUAAACUAUGAAACCUCCAUGGGAUCACAUUUGUAAAAUGAACUGACCAAACUCCCAUAGACUGAUGACUAAUGUGGCCAGUAUCCUGGAAAUCGAGAUGAAACAAAGAGCACACAUCCCCCAUCUCUUCUUCCUCUGUAGCAGCAGGAAGGCUGCUUCUUCCACAGGGUAAAGGGUGAUCAUUUCUUGCUUUUUAGCCAUGCAGCAGUUAGUGCUCUAAUUGUUGUGUGUGUGUGUGUGUGUGUGUGUGUGUGUGUGUGUGUGUGUGUGUGUGUGUGUGUGUGUGUGUGUGUGUGUGUGUGUGUGUGUGUGAGCGAGAGAGAGAGAGAGAGAGAGAGAGAGAGAGAGUGGUCCAGGUAGAUGCAUGUAUGAUCUAUCUAGGCUUUCUAUUUAUGAUUUUAUAGAAACAACACUACAUGUUUUAGGUUUUAUGUGAUUGUGUGACACUCCAUUGCUCUCCUUGUCUUAGUCUGCCCCCCUGUGGCCAGCUUGAGGUACAACAUGUUUCUCUCCAAUAAUAGUGUCAACACAUUACUGACCUCAGCUGUAAUGCAUUGGUAUCUAAUUCAUGAAGUACACCUAUGACUCUGUAUGCCUUUUAAUUUUUUUAUUUGAUUGUUAUUUGUGGCAUACCUUGUCAUGUAUUGUCUUUAUUGCAUUUUGUUUUUGUCAACCGAUCAAUUGCAUUGCAAAUUAGUCUUACUUUAAGGCAUUUUUCUAUCAUAAGUAAGAAUUUAGUUUCAAGUGAUUGUCAGUUUUUUUUAAAUCUGGUUAGACUUGCACUAGAGCAAUUGUUUUGCAUUAUACUACUGAAAACUGUGGGAUCUCUGGGGCAGGAGAGCUGUGAUGGUGGGUGUGAAAUGAUUGGUUCACUAUAUCUUGGGCAUUAGGAGGCAUAUAUCUACACAUUAAGUGCAUUUGAAGCUAAUGUAACACAUCCACAACACUGGAAUAACUAUGGACUUUGAAAUAAUUUUUUUUUUAAUGACAUAUUGACAUGGCAACUGCAUCAUCAAAUGCCUGCACGUGUGGCCUCUAUAACAGAGACAACAACAGAACCGUGUCUGGAUGCAUAUGCUGAUCAUCCCAGAGCCAUUACUGACAAAUUAUGACUUUGAGAACAACUCCUGUGCGAAGGGCCAAAUUGUCUCUGAAGGUACUGAGGUCCGAGGUGAAAUAACAUCCCUCAUGCACUAGAGCCUCUGAGAGUGCUAGUUGCAUGGCAUCUUGUGAGACUUUUGCUUGCCCAAUUGUGUUCCUCUUUUUGGAUUUUAUUUAACAUAAUGUUGUUUACAGCAAUAGCAGCUCUCCUUCACUGUAAGUCAGGAACGCUAAUUAUUAUUUAUUGUGAUUUUAUUAUUCUUUCUUUUUAUUUAUGUUAAUUGUGCUAUUUUAUGAUAAGGAUACUUGGUUUACCGGUAGUUAGUACUGUUUGUGUUUAAUAUAGCACAUUCUAUCUCUAACCAUGAGAAUAGUUCAGCAAUAAGGUUAUAACCAUCUCAUCUAACUCAGUUCGGAGUAACAACAGCACUUUUCUAUGUAGUUUUGCUGAUAAUUAAUGUGACUAGUUGUGUAGCAUGAAUGUUUUCAUUACAAUAAAAUGUGCAAGAUUUUUUUAAUCA